GCUGUAAUCCAGAAAUCGGCACGACACGAUGGCUGUAGCAAGACAUUGUGGGCUAUACACUGACAUUCGUCGACAAUUGACUUUGUUGAUGAUAUACACAGCAUAUAUUGUUUCAUCGACAGUUUCGUCUCCUCAACCAACUGAAGCCAUGAACAUUGGAAAUGUCGUCUGUGAUGUAUCGAAUAUGGAUUCCAGAGGCAUUCAAGACAUUCAGUGUAACAAAAAAUGCCGCUCAUAUAAAGAUUAUAACGGAACAUUUUCCUGCUGCUACGGUUCUACACAAUGUGGAAUAACAAACAAAUCCAACACGAUUAUUUUAAAUAAAUUCUACGAUGUCAGCUGGAUUGAAUAUGACAAUAUGACCGAUGUCGAUCUUAACCUACAAAACUGUAAAGAUAACUCAACAGAAGGUUUUGGUGGUAAGAUUUCAUUCAGGAAACCAAGUACGAUAACCUCGUGGAUAGAAACCAUUGACUUGAUCAAAGACAAAGCAAUUGAUGUCACAUGCAGGUGUACAAAACGAAGCUGCAUGACCGAUAACGGCAUGAUUUGUCGGCCACCCAGCUUGAACUGCAGCUGUAUUGGUACGGGUAAAUACAAAUAUCAAAAUGAUUGGAAGGGUAAAAUCAAAACAUUUAUAAAAAUUGAAAAUGGAAUUAACUAA